AUGGUCCCGGUUGGUGCACCAUCUGGUGCUGUUUCCGCGAUCACUUGGAGUACGGGAAUUGAUGAGAUGAACCACAGGAUGGCAACAGGCGAAGCAGCCAAAGAUAUAUUGUACAUGAUAAACGACAAGUUAUUGGGAGAUUAUGAUCGGACAAAGAAAAACGAAGGAUUACCAGAAAACAUUGAAUAUACACGGAGAAUGCUUCGAAAUCGUGCUGGAAAACAACAUGGUACUCCAGCUUCAACUCCAGCUCCAGCCCCAGCUCCAGCUCUAGGAAGUAAAACUUCAACUAUCAAAGCAAAAACCACUCUCGAAGCGCCAAGUAUUCCUAAGAUGACAAAGAUGAAAACAUACAGUGCUGAAGAACUACGUCACAUUGAAAAAAAAGCAAGACAAAUGAAAUCAGGCUUCGAUUACACCUACAUGGGCAAUGGUGAAUUUGUCCCGAUUGCAAAGACAAAUUGGGAUGCUCAUGGCAUAUGGGGACAGAUUCGAGUCUAUGAUCAUGAAGAUCAUGAGUUAUUAUAUAAAACUGGUUGUUGCUACUGUGGUGGUGGAUCGAGAGGCCUCAAUGAUUUCACAGAUGGAGAGACUGCCAUAGGCUUCAGUAUGAUUUUGUGUGCGGGGGUGGUGUCUUAUGCGCCUAAGUAUGUAAUGAAAUGUCUGAGAUGA